GAAGUUAUUGUGCAGUUGCUUAUGUUCUGAGUGGUACCGUUGCUACAGUAUGUGGUUGCGUUCUGGGAUUCCCAUGGAAAACCACAUAGCUACUGUACAUGCAAACAACCACUCAAAUGGAAUUGUAAAAAUAACAAAAUCUCUAGCGGUGCAGAAAUGACACGCUUUACCUUUAACUAAAGGUAAAACAUCAACGUUAAGCCAUCAGCUGACUUUACAGAAGUUCUUCUGAACAUAUCAGACAACAGUUUAAUGAGCCACAACCCCAGUGGUGUUAAACAUUGACAGCAGUCCAGAGUUGUUGUGUGUCUGUGUGUAUCAGUAACCCCUUCAGCUGCAUUUCCUAACUUAACAGGAUCCCUGACAGAAAUCGAAGCCUGCUGAGCAAACAUCAACACAGCUACGAGCUCCUCCUCUAGUGACACAAAACCAGACACAAAGCCUCGCCGGGGGGGUUGAUUUCAUAGCACCCAGCCCUGGCAUUCCCUCCCUCUCCAGAGCGAGAGGGCGGAGCCUGGGAACAGGUGUACACCUAUCAGCUCCAAUUCCAGCGGGAUGCAAAACCUCACAUUAAAAACCAGUCCUCACUCUUCAGGCUCCUGGAAUCAUGGCGAACGGCGCGCUGGAGAUCGUGGGAAUGUGUGUGAGCCUGAUCGGGUUUGUCGGGGUGGCGGCCAGCACUGGGAUGCCGAUGUGGCGUGUGACGGCAUUCAUCGGGGAGAACAUCAUUGUGAUGGAGACCCGGUACGAGGGCUUGUGGAUGAACUGCUACCGGCAGGCCAGCAUUCGGAUGCAGUGUAAGGUGUACGACUCCUUGCUGGCACUGUCCCCUGACCUCCAGGCUGCUCGGGGGCUCAUGUGCUGCUCCGUGGGAUUGACUGGGCUGGGUUUACUAAUUGCCAUCGCUGGGAUGCAGUGCACGGCAUGCAUCCAAGGAAACGACCGGGCCAAGCGGAUGGUUCUGAUCAUAUCUGGAUGCAUGAUCCUAGCAGGCUGCUUCUGCUGCCUCAUCCCUGUCUCCUGGACCGGACAUGUCAUCAUCCAGGACUUCUAUAACCCUUUGCUCAUUGAUGCCCAGCGUAGAGAACUCGGGGAAGCGUUGUACAUCGGUUGGGUGUCUUCUGCUUUCUUAUUCGCUGGCGGGUGCAUAUUCACCUGCUGUAGUGGCUCCCUGGACAAUGGCCCGGAUCCCAGGUACAAGUACACCAGGAACACACCCAUGGCUUAUCAGCCACAGCCCAUGACCUAUCACCCCCAGCCCUACUCGGUGUACAGCCACCCAUCCGGGCCACCGUCAUUCAUAGAGCAGUCAUACCAGCCAUCCAGACAGCAGUCAUUCAUUCAGCCGUCCAGACAGCAGUCAUUCGUGCAGCCGUCCCGAUAUCCAUCCGCCCGCAGCGCCGUCGAUUAUCUCUGAAAUCCAGCUGGAUGUUUCACUGGCCUGUGUAUUAGUGUUUGUGUGUUAGAGAGAGAUGGAAAGAACAGACUUCUAACCAAAAGGUUUAAAAAAUAUAUAUUAGAAAAAAUUUAAA